AAAGAAAGGAGAGCUGGAAUCACAUGGACUUGUCUUUCUCUUGCUGGGACCUCAAUUGAAAUUUUCUUCUCUCCCUUCUCUCUUAUCAUUCUCUCCUUCAUCUUCUCCUCAUCUUCUUCUUCUCCCAUUCUUAUAUUACUUUCCUCUUCUUUCUUCUCUCUCCCCUCUGCCAUGGCUGAGGACAAGGAGAUGUCUAACUCUGUCAUCAAUGGCAAUGAUUCUCUCACUGGUCACAUCAUAUCUACAACUAUUGGAGGCAAAAAUGGGGAACCUAAACAGACUAUUAGUUACAUGGCAGAACGGGUUGUAGGAACUGGGUCAUUUGGAAUUGUUUUCCAGGCAAAAUGCUUGGAAACUGGGGAAGCAGUGGCAAUUAAAAAGGUUUUACAAGACAGGCGAUACAAGAAUCGUGAACUGCAGUUAAUGCGUGUGAUGGAUCACCCAAAUGUGAUCACUCUGAAGCAUUGUUUCUUUUCCACUACAAGUACAGAUGAACUUUUUCUUAAUUUGGUGAUGGAAUAUGUUCCAGAGUCCAUGUAUAGAGUCUUGAAACACUAUAGCAAUGCUAAUCAGAGAAUGCCCAUCAUCUAUGUGAAACUUUACAUGUACCAGAUUUUCAGGGGGUUGGCUUAUAUCCACACUGUUCCCAAAGUCUGUCACAGAGAUUUGAAGCCUCAAAAUAUACUGGUGGAUCCUCUUACACACCAAGUGAAGCUAUGCGAUUUUGGAAGUGCAAAAGUUCUAGUCCAAGGUGAAGCUAAUAUAUCAUACAUAUGUUCGCGAUUUUAUAGAGCACCAGAACUUAUAUUUGGUGCCACUGAGUAUACAAGUUCAAUUGAUAUUUGGUCAGCUGGCUGUGUCCUUGCUGAACUUCUUUUGGGCCAGCCAUUAUUCCCUGGUGAAAAUGCUGUAGACCAGCUCGUACAUAUUAUAAAGGUGCUUGGCACACCCACUCGAGAGGAAGUGCGCUGUAUGAAUCCCAAUUACAAUGACUUUAGGUUUCCACAGAUAAAAGCACAUCCAUGGCACAAGAUAUUCCACAAAAAGAUGCCUCCAGAAGCCAUUGAUCUUGCAUCUCGGCUUUUGCAAUACUCCCCAAGUCUUAGGUGCACUGCGCUUGAAGCAUGUGCUCAUCCUUUCUUUGAUGAACUCCGAGAACCCAAUGCUCGCCUGCCAAAUGGUCGUCCAUUCCCCCCUCUAUUUAACUUCAAACAGGAAUUAACCGGAGCAUCUCCUGAGCUUGUUAAUAAGCUGAUACCUGACCAUGUGAAGAGGCAAAUAGGGCUGCAAUUUGUUCAUCUUGGAGGAUCGUGAUGAUAAGCUUAGGGGUGAUAGUGGGAUACCAUUAUUUUUGUCUAAAUACCAUGUUCUGUGGCCUGGCCAAUGUAGUUUCAAGCUGAAUCAGGACUGAGAUUUGGGAAGCUGGAUGGCUGCAGUUGAUCCGUCAGUAUAUGUAUUACCUUUUGAUUCUCUAUUGCUACCGGUGGAUCUUUAUUUCCCCAGGAAAAUAUAGCCUUGUUUAUUGUCGAAGUCUACAUGUCAUAUAGUAGGAGUAUACUUGACCUGAAAUGGUCAUAUCAGAACUUAGAAUGCUUGAACUGUACGGGGAAAACUAAAGCCUUGGCUGGAAAGAGGGGAGAAGGGUCCCAGAAGAGUUUUGAUGAUGGGGUUGUUGGUUGGGUUUGCUUUGGCUUCCUCAUGUUAAUAUGUGCCUCAUUUUGCAAUGCUGCACACCCAGUUCCUUUCCUUGUGAAAUGUAAUGUGCUAUCUAUCUGUUUCUUCAA